AUGGAGAAGAUCUUCACUAACGGACAUGAGGAAGUAACGCCACCACUGAGGGAAGGCGAGGAGUGCUGGUACCUCCCAACGUUUGGGGUUUACCACCCGCCAAAGCCCAAUCAAAUCAGGGUGGUCUUUGACUCCAGUGCUCAGUAUGCUGGUAUCUCCCCUAACAACGUGCUCCUUACGGGCCCCGACCUUAACAAUACCCUUCUCGGGGUCCUGCUGCGCUUCCAGAAGGAGAAGGUGGCAAUCUUAGCGGGUAUUCAGCAGAUGUUCCAUUGCUUCUUAGUACAGGAGGACCAUCGCAAUUUCCUCUGUUUCUUAUGGCACAAGGACAAUGACAAUCACAAGGAAGUUAUCGAUAACCGCUGGAGGCGCCGCGCAAGCGCUGAUAUUCGACAGCCUGACGGCAAGAAUUUUGCAACAGCCAAUCGCCAGUUGCAGGGAGGUCACGUGUAUUCGGCCUACGGGCCACCGGCUGGCAAAGAGAUGGAUUUCCUCAUUCUCUUCCUCAUUUACUUAGCCUUUUCCCUUUCCUGCAUGUUAGUUGCCAUCAAGUUUUCAAGGCAAAGUCAGGAGUGCUUUGUAAGUAUCUCCCACCGUGUAACUCAGACGAUUGGGCCAAUGGUUCCUGGACGGAUGCAGGUAGCAGUGCAGUAUGCUUUACAUAGGUUCAUCCAUCAGAGAAACUCCUUCUUCUUGGCCCUGCAUCUUCUUUUGGAAGUUGCUGUGUAUGGAGAGUAUUCCUGGGAAGUGUUCCCUUAUGCCUUGGAAUUGGGAUUCACACUCAGUAACUUGCUGCUGCCUUACAUCCUGUUGUUUGGAAAGAUGUACUUUUUCUACCUAUGCUGUGUCAGUGACCCUGGUAAAAUUUCACCUUCAAACCUCAAGCAGCUUCUGAAAGUAUAUACGUAUGAUGGAAUUUUGUACCAACAUGCUCGUGUCUGCUCAACGUGCAAACUAGUGAAACUGGCACGGUCAAGGCACUGCCGACUGUGCAACUGCUGUGUCCAUCGAUUUGACCACCAUUGUGUCUGGGUGAAUAACUGCAUUGGGGCAUUAAACAUACGUUACUUCCUAUUCUACCUGGUAACCCUCUCUGGGAUGGCUGCUGCAGUAGCAAUAAUGACAUUAAGAUUCCUUGUUCAAGUGGCAUUGAUGUCUAAUCUACCUCAGGCCAUGUAUGUAAAUGCUGAGGGUGAAGAUGUACCUGUUGGCAUUCUGUUUAUAGUCCAGAAACUCUUCCUGAUCUAUCCUCGGAUCUUCUUCAUGUUGGGCUUCACUCUGCUCAUCGCCUUCCUGCUGGCAGGAUAUACAGCUUUUCACUUAUUCUUAGUGAUAACAAAUCAGACAUCAAAUGAGUGGUACAAAUACAAGAGCAUCUGCAGACAUCACAUGGACAGGCAAACAUGGAAUAAUCUGUAUCAUCGAGGCUUCAUCACAAACCUGAAAGAAAUCAUCUGCCCUGUGACAACUCAGAAAAGAUUCAAAUAAGACAGAAAUGGAUAUUUUUUGCUGAUUUCUAAAUCCUAUUUUUUCUACUAUAACCGAUUAAAAUUGUAAAUUGUCUGAACUCUGACUUCAUUUGCCAAUGCCACUCUAGUCAGUGACCUGUUAGGCAGUCACUGGGAAUCAAGAAUGACUUAUUUCACUCUGCGUGCAACUCUCAAUCUGACUUAUUUGGUGUACCCACUGUGUGUUUGAAUUCCUACAGAAGUGUGAGAGGGGGCCAUAGGUGGCAUCUUUCCAAUGCUUGCUGUGGAUAGUCUGGGUCUAGAAAUUGAGGGCAGAAAUUGCAGCUGCCUAAUAGACCAUGGGAUUCAUGCACAGCUGAGUUCCAUCUUCAAGUACUCUUCCUCAGCUGAAGGCUGUGCUACAGCACUGAAGGUGCUGUUGAUGAUCAUAAUCAUGUCUGUUUUUGUGAAGAGAUGGUUUCUAUGAUAUAUACAGUCUUUGUUCUUUUGUGAACCUUUAUUGCUGUUACAACCCAAGCAUCAGUGUGACUUUUAGGCCAGAUUUACAAAAGAUGUUUUCUUUGUCAUAAAGUAAUUAGCAAUACAAUGAAAUAAUAGUGCUGGAAAAGGUGGAAAACAUGUUGGGAAUUAUUAUGAGGGCAGUUUGUUAUGGUCAAUUUAGAGACUGAUUUGGAUUAUAAAAGGGCGCCAGAAUAGGCAUAGGUGGUGAUCAAAAGGAAAUCACUUUUUCUCUGUAGAUGGCAUCUUACCCAAAUGUUUUCACCAUUUCCCAUUUCAAUAUGAAUGUUCAUUUAGAGCAAUCCUUUUCUAUUUAUCAGUUCUUUUCACAGCUUUAACCAAAGCAACUUUAAGUUUAUGCCAUUCUUCAGAUCUUAAUAAACUUGGUGCUCACAAUACUGGUUCAAGGGGUGAAAUAGAACGACUGGGUGGCCCAAACGACACAGACACUAGACAGCAUUUGUAACAAUUGAAUGCUGCAUAGACAGGAUGUUCAAGCUCUGCCCUUUAUUUGAUGUCAUCCUGGCUAAACACUGGUUGUCAAUGAGAUCAGCAUGUACUUCAUGUACACUGAAAGUGAUUAACAUAAAACAGAUUGAACUCAAUGGAACCAUAUGGUAUCUUCAUUCAUUAAAAUACUUCCAUGCUGGGUACAGAGAUGCAGCCUUCAGCAACAUCCAUCUGCAAUCUCAAGUGGAAGAACGUGUCAGCAGGAAGAUACUGUCAGUUCAGAUUUUGUGUCAAUUUUGGAUUUUGUUGUCCACCUCCAAAUAAUUUAUUUCUGAAACAGGCCCCAUGAUUGAGAAGCUAUCUUCAGAGCAGAUGCACUAUUACUACACUGCACUGAAGCUAAAGGGCUGUUGAUAAUAAUUAAAUACAGUAGAUUCCGGUUAAUUGGGCCAUCGGUUAAUCAGGGUAGCCACUUAUUUGGGACAACUCUUUUCAAAAACUAAUCCAGAAAAUAGCUGGGAUUCCUUUAUUUAUUUGGAACACACUACAGCUUAAUUGGGACAGGAGGCUGUUGCCGUACAGUUUUAACUAGCGUCAUUUGCAUGCACUUGUAUGGCCAUUAACGCACCGAGCUUAGAGAACAGUCUUUAAAUUGUGUUAGGUUACCCAUUUGGGCCAAUGGACAGCAAUUCAAAAAGCAAUGAUUUUUGAUAAUUUUAUUUUUAAUUUUGACUUUAAAAAUUUUAGACCUUUGCCAAGAUGCCACAAAAAGAUUUUUGACAAGAGCUGAAAAAAUUAUCCUAAAUUUCUGCACUGAUUUUGUUCAUUUACAGUCGAAAGAACAUGGCAGUGUACACUGGGUGAAUUCUUCUGUUUAUAACUAUUACUAUUUGUACAGUUUUAUAGUACUGUAGUAGUAUUCUAAUUUGUUCUGUAUUUCUUUGAAUACAGUUACUCAGUUAAAUGAUA